UGUUACGUGCUCAGACAUAGAUAAUCCAAUAUAACAAACAUCCAAGUACAAAUGCAAGAAACUAUGUCACCAAAUGGUUCUGAAAAGCUUACUGGUUAAUAACUUGCAGCCGCCCAACUUGAACAGCUGGUAUUAGUCGGCAUCCAGCAUGGAUUGGUUCUUUCAAUGCUUUAGAAAGAAACAUGGGGGAGUCAUCUACGCGUGCAGCGAAGAGCAGCAAGCCCUCCCAGUACCUCGUGCUUGCAACGCACAGCAGCGGACUGCGUCUCAACAGAACGCAUUCAUCGAGCAGGAUCAUGUUGGGGAAGCGCUCCUGGUAACUAUGAAUGCUGAAGUUGAGGAUGUUGGCCAGAAUGAGGGCCCCGCAGUGGCAUCCCUUGAGGAGGCUCGGCAGCUGAUUCGCGUGCUUAACACGCGCCUUCGGGAACUCGAGGGGUCGGCCGCUGCGGAGAGCUUACUACAAAGUACGAUUGCAAGCUUACCUGCGGACAAGGCUGGACAGACAUUAUCGCCAGCGCACCACAAGACAGGGAACGACAUGGGCAAGAUAAUGGAAUCCGACCAAAUUAUCGAUGCGGACGGAGACCGGCGUGCAAACGAGGACCCACACCAUCGGGAACCGCACACCUUCCGUGUGUACGAAAAGAAGGAGCUGAUCGACACGCUUCGCAGCCGUGACAAGCCUGCUGCCGCCGUGCUUUUGCAGGCCGUGUGCGAGGAGGACCUGCCAAACGUGUCACCAGCGCUGCUGCUGGACGUGGACCCGGCGGUUGGGGAGGCUGUGGCGGGGGCGCCAGAGCUCAUGGCCAGCAUACACAGCGGCAGGAGCGUGGCGGACCUGGCAUGCAUGGAGCACCUUCCGCCCUACCUUAGGCUGCGAUUGUACAUGGUGCAGGCGUCGGCUGCAAGGCCCAUCCUGGCGCAUGCCAACACCGCGGCCAGGACGCUGUUCGAGGCGCGGUCGGACCGGCAGUUGCAGUGGGUCCUGGAGGCGCAGGUGCAGCAGGACGCCAUGCUGGCCAUGCUACUGCAGGAAAUCCUUGACGAGCUCCUCACGGCGCCGGUCUCCCGCUGCAGCGGCCCUCUCGAUCCGACGUGUAGCGAGUCGGAUGGCGCGAUGACGCUACACUCGCUCAGCCAUUUCGCCAACACGAACAACCCAAAGGUCUUUCCCUUUGUGCCCGUCACCAUGCGUGGCUGCGGGUACCGUAAGACCAGCGGCGAGGUGGUGCCCUGCGUCCUGAUGGAGUUUGCACCGGACAGCAACCAGGGUGCCUUCCUGGAGCACCUGCAGCGGGACUACACCAUGAUGGGGCGCAUGAGCUCCAUUGUGACGCUGUUCACGCUGAAGGGUGACGUGCUGCACCAAAAUGCCGGGUCAAUCGCGUACUUCGGCUACCAGCGGAGUGGAUCCUCCCGCAAGCGCACCUCGGCUCAUAACGCCUCAGCACGGCCCAUCAAGCGCCCUGGCGGCCUCAUGGCUGCCCUUCAUGGCUCAUUCAUGGCUGGUUCCGGGGUGGACGAGCGACCGGUGCUAACACAGCUGUUCCAGCUGGCUCCGCCAGACACGCUGGAGGGCAUGUUGGAAUCCAUGGUCCAAGGCGGGGUGUGGAGGAGCAUCCUGCCUGUGCCCCCCAGCCUCGCCACGAUGUCAAGACCGCUGGCGCCGCUGGUCAAUGCCAACGCGCCCUCCUACUCCAGCGUUCCCGUUGAGCCGGAAAGCCUCUUCACAGCCGACACCAAUGCAUUCAUGGCGGUCGAUGCUGGCAGGGUUUCCGCGUCGCUCGGCAACGUCCAGCGCUCCAUGAUGUCCCACUAUGGCAAGGCAGAUCCCAGUGAGGGGUCGUUCGCGCUGGGCAAGAGCAGGUCGCCUGGAUCACGAGCCCUCAACGUGGUUCCUGAGCAAAGCCAGGAGGUGCAGCAUGUGUCUUCGGCCGCACGCACCGCACGGUUAGGGGUGCUGUCGACCUCGGGCCAGGCAGAAAAGCAGAUGGCGGCCUUGGUGCGCAUGGAUGGCACGGCCGAGGUCCUGCCAGGCCCGGCCACGAACGGGAGCUCGCCACGGGUGUCCAUGCGCACGGCAAGGGCAGUCAGACGCAGCACCACCUACUCCGCCAUUCCCACACCGCCGGUCCCUGGGGCCGCCGCGGCGGAGGGCGGAUCCAACAGCUUCACCGCAUGUGGCACCGGCAACUCUGCUAUGUCGACGGGCGGCACGGGCGCACGACUUGCGAGGAUGCGCAGGCGCAGCCUGUUUCCGAUGGGCAUGGACGGGAGCAUUGGUUACGCGCUGUGCCAGUCGACUUGGGGGCUGCUUGGAGGCUCUGCUGCUGCGUUUGAAGUCAGCCGGAACAGUGGGAGGAUUCCCAACAGCGAGUGCGAGCAGGGAGCAGCUGGGCCUGCCCAGAAUGGCACGCAAACCUUUCAUCGUCGCAGCGCGGUUGCGGCUCUGGAGGCGCAUGCCGCCGCCGCGGCAGCCGCUAGCAGCAGGCUGGGCUCUGCACGCGAGGGUGUCGCCUCCGGCGCCCCCUCCGGCGCCGUUCAGCUGCAGGCAGACACCAACUCGAACACGCUGCUCUCCCUGCCGCCGUCGCAGUCGCAGUCGCAGGCUUUCCCGCUUGAGCCCUCCCAGAACCCGCCCUGGCAGAUCCGUAGCUCCCAAGUGCAGGCCGCCUUCCAGUCGCAAGCGUCCACCAUGUCGCAGCAUACCGGCACACAACCCCAGGCCCCGCUUGUUCCACCGCCUGGGUGGCUGCUACAGGACUUGAAUUGCUCCCCAUCUAGUGAGUCGCCGGGCUUCCAGUCGUUGCACAUGGAGAUGCGCAUGCGUUCCCUCUUACCCGUCAUGGAGGCUCAGCGUUCACUUACAGAUGAGCAACAACAGCAGCAGCUGCAAGCGUGUCCGUCCAUACCAGGGCAGCUUCUGACGGGCGGCGCUGAUGGCAUGGUUGAGGCGGUGGGGUCGGCUACGUCGCCCUGCCAAGUCAUACUCCCCACGCCUUCUGCCACUAGUGCCAGCUCGCUUGUGUCACCCCAGGUCUCGGUAUACCAGCAUGGGGACUACAGCAUCGGAAAUGCAACCUCAGGUAGCUUGCGUCAGAACGCGGCAGGAGCCGUGCUAGCGGCAGCGUUUGCUAAUCCCUCGCGGCAGGCAUCUUUCUACCCUCCCGCGCCCUCCAGCGCAACACAGAUGCAGCUCCAACGCGCGCGGAGUAGCAGCAUGAUGUCUAACCCGCAAGGCCCAAGCAGCUUGGGCGCAGGAGUGUCGAGCUCCCCAAACAACGUGGCAGUGCUUGGCGCCCCAACCAAUAGCGGCAGCGGCGCACGGGCUGUACGACGAAAGCCCAUGCGGCAGUCGGAACGCCGGAUCCCAAACCUGCUGCCGGCCAAGCAGUCGUCACUGUCACAGGUGCAGGCGCUACAACCCUCUCCGCUGCAACCCCAGCCGCAGCCGCCGCUGCCACUACCGAUGCCUUCGCUGUCGUCCCAGGCGUGCAAGUCCGCGACGAGCUUCAGCUUCGGCUCCAAAACCCAUAACCGGCCUCUAGUCCGCAUGAUGUCGUUCCUGAACGCCGCGCCGCAGACGCAGGGGCACAUGGCCUCCAUGAGCCAGCCCUGCCACGGAUUCCUGCCCUAUCAUGGGGCGCCGGCUGAGGGCUUGAGCAGGAUAGGCAGCGGGCGGCAUGGCGGCGCGGAGGGUGCACAAGGAGGCCUCGCAUCAGCCGGCUUGCCUCGCUAUGGUUCCCCAAACUCCCUCAAUCCCAACCAAGUCAGUGGCGCGGCGUCGCGCCGGCCGCCUAGCGCCUUGCCCCGCUGCAGCAGCCUGUUGCCCAGCCCCUCCGACCCAGAAGGCCCCUCAGCGCUAAGCCUGACUCCCAAGCGAGGGCUGCCGCAGGAACUGGUGCUGGCGCCGCCGCCGGUUGCGGACGGAGAUGAUGGGCGGCUGUACCAUGAAAUCACGGCAACACCCUUCUUGGACCCUGUCUCCAAGGCGCAGGUCGUGAUGAUCGUGCAGACGGACGUGACGGCUCGUGUGAGGCUGGAGAGGCGGCUAGCGGAGGUCAUGGCAGCGGAGCAUAAGCUGCUCGAGAACAUCUUUCCUCGCCAUGUGCUGGAGCACAUCGCCACCAGCGCAGCAGUCGACACCAGCAGCUUCUCCCAGUUCAACCUCUCCAUGCUCAAUGCUAUGCCCGACCCAACAAAAACCGCCACAGACCACGAACAGGUUACCAUACUCUUCGCGGACAUUGUCGGCUUCACAAGCAUGUGCAAGGAGGUCCCGGCGAAGACGGUGAUGAAGUUCUUGAACGACCUCUACACGCGAUUCGACACGCUGCUGGACAUCUACGGUGUGUACAAGGUUGAGACUAUUGGAGACUGCUACAUGGUGGCCGGCGGCCUGAUCAGCAAAGACGCGGACGGCUUUGCCGCGGUGCGCAAGGGCUCCACAGACAACCUGCAGGCCUGGCGGGUGCUGUCGUUCGCCAAGGCCAUGCUCCGGGACGCGCAAAAGGUGCUGCUGCCAACGACACAUGAACCCGUCAAGAUGAGGGUUGGCAUUCACACGGGCCCCGUUGUCAGCGGUAUCGUGGGCACCCGCAUGCCGCGCUUCUGCCUCUUUGGCGACACCAUCAACACCGCCAGCCGCAUGGAGAGCACCUGUCCGUACGGCCGGAUCCAGGUCUCCGCCACCACCCACGCGCUGGUUCCGGGUGAGAAGUGGGAGCCAACGGGCGGGGUGCAGGUGAAGGGUAAGGGCAUGAUGGACACAUACCUGCUGCGCUGGUCGCCCUCUGACGUGGUGUCAGCUGCGCUCAUGUCGGCCUCCAUGAGCGUGCCGGGACCGGCGGAGGGGUCGCAUGGGCGCAAACACACGCGGGCCGGGGCCGUUCCGGCGGGAAACAUUCCCGUGCCUUGCGGAAACGGAGGACAUGGCGGAGGUGGUGGUGAUGGUGGUGGUGGUGGGGUUGGCGGUGCUGAGGGAGAGGUAGCGAGCGUUGACGCGACGUUUGGGAUUCUGGAGCGAGAGCGUCGAGGCUCGGGUAAGGUUCCUGUGGCCGGCGGUGGCGGGGGUGCGGCUCGAGAACCGCAGUUCCGACCGGGAAGCAGCGAUUCAAACCCCACAUUUCUUUUCAACACCAUGUGCUAGUGUCAUGUGAUAGGUUUGCGCAGUGGGGUUUGGCCGUGUGCUUGCAGGCGCUGUUGCGGAUUGGUCGGUCAUAGGAGGGAAGUUCAUCCAGCUGUUGUACCUUGAACACUAUUUAUGCACAUAGGGAAUUUAAUUUCUGAGCGAGAUGGAGAUCGAGCGAGUGUUCUUAUGCCUAGCGAGAGUGUUGGUGUGGUUGCCGUUUGUUGCAUGGGAGUCUUUUGAGAGCGACAAAGGUUACUUUUGAAGGGGGGCGCCCGUCGAACUUGCCUGUCAUGCAAGUUGGGCAUGGUGUGUCCUACCUCACGAGCCGACACAUUGUGCAGGCGAAGUGAACUGUAGUUGCGCCUGUUCGGAAGUCGAUGUAUUCUAUGUCGUAUUCUUAGCGUCGAGCGAUACCGGAUGCGAUAAUUAGCAGUGCCUUGAGCUUUGCACUGCCGACUUGGCUCGAAGUCAGCCCCUGACACCUGAAUAGCUAUGGUCGGGGCCACACGAGAGACUGAGGGGCUUUCUGUCUCCUCACUGUUUCCACUACGUCCUUUCGUUGGCGGCAUUGCUCCCCGGGGGCGAGCGAAAAGGGCAGUACGCGUUUGCCAUCGCAAGGCGGAAAUGUUUGAUGCUGUGUACUGCGCACGUGAGUUGAUCACCCUAGCUGGCGUCCCGCAGUUGAGAGGCUGGUACUCUUUAAUGCCGUGUUCUGGAGAGACUUGAAGAAGCCAGAACAAAGAGAGUGGUUUGAGCGAAUGGCAUCGGUGGGAUUCUUCAUGCCCCGUUUCUUACGUUGUGUACGGAGCAGGAUCUCUGUCCGAUGGGAGCGGCAAGCUGUUGUUGUUGAUCGCAUCGGCAUGUCAGGUUUUAUGCCGGCGGAAUUUCUUGGGUUGAGUUCCGUCAUAAGGAGGGAUAUGGAAAAACGGUUGAGUUCCGUCAUAAGGAGGGAUAUGGAAAAACGGUUGAGUUCCGUCGUAAGGAGGGAUAUGAAAAAACGGUUGAGUUCCGUCGUAAGGAGGGAUAUGCAAUUGCGCUUGCAGAUUGCACGAAAGGUAGUGCUGACUGUGGCUCUACAUGUUGGCUUUCGCUGUACCGGUGCCAUGUCGUAUUUUAGCCCCCUAGUCGAUGUUAUAUUGUAGAAUUUACAAAAUAAUAUGCCCCGUCGGCGCCAGCUUUUGGUGACAGUGCUGGCUGUUGGCUUCGUGUGUGGUAAACGUUUAUGAUGCCAUAAGCUGCCAUAAGGGCUUUUCGCCAGACAGGUGGCCCAUUCAGCGAGGUCCUGUGGCCCGUAUGAGGCUCACUGCUUGCCGCAAAAGCAGGAAGGGGUGUGUGUGGUCUGACAUGCGGUGAGUUUACUUUUUAUGCGCGUGGGGGUAGUUGCCCUGGUGGGUUUUAUGUGAUGUAUGCAUCGCGUUGUGAGUUUCUGGUUUCGGCGUGAAGGUGGCCGCAUUGCAUGGAUGUUUGGGGUCGGCUGCUCUGGUGCCGUGGCCGAUGUACGGUUACAGUACGGCUACCGGUUCGUACUUCGGCACCUCCGCAGAAGGCCCCUGCCGUGGGUGAAUAAUAAGGGCAAGUUGAUGAUUUAUCCGAGGCGUUGGGUCAGGAAAGGUUGUAUGGCAUGAUUACGGGAGGCCGUGGCUUGAGGUCAUUGUGGUGUUGAGGCUUAAGGGUAAAGGUUGGUGAAGCGUACAUGCCAUUGGCUGCGUGGAAAGGAGGCGGAGUUCUUGACGUAAGGGCGUCGUACACUGAAACUGCAUUCGGGUAGGUGUCGGGGAGAAGGCGCAUAUUCAAUUGUGCACAAGGAGGAGCGCUGAAAUGCUGAAGAGUCCGGCUGCAUGUCAUUUCUUCAUGGUCACCCGAAUGAAGCAGUCCCUUUAACCGGCGUUCUUC